UGGAAAGGGCCACUACCAAAAGCAAUAAUUUGCCUUUUGGACCAGAACAGACGUUGUUAGUAGCUUGGUUGGUAGCAGUGUUAUUAGGGUCCCAUAAGGAGAGCAUAAUUAUCAAUUUGCUUUUUUCAGAUGAGGCUAUUUUUAGGACAGUUAUUGAUGUGUUCAUCAUUCCACUGAAUAUACUUCCCUUCUCUAACUCACUAAUAGAUAUUUUUUUUAUUUGAAAAUACAUGCCUAAACUGAGCAUACUUGAACUGCUUACUAAGACCAGUUUCCUCUCUUUGCGUGAGAAAUUUCUUGUGAUAUGUUAGUCAUAACUGUAGUAGCCUAGGACAUUGUAAUUGUCCUCAAGAACAGAGAAAGAAUUGCUGCAAUUACAUAGCAAAUAAAAGAAUAGAUAUGGAGAACCCUUUUGAAAUUUGGGGUUUAAUAGUUCCUUUCAAUAUAUGUCUAUAAAAAGCUAGAGCUAGAAACAAAUCUGGGAAGUGUUACCUUCAGAGAGAUGAAAAUUGAAUUAGCUUUACAUUUGUUCUCUAAAUAUUACAGAAUGGCUGUGAGUGACUGUUGAGGCUGCCUGUUUUUCACAUACACAGAUACAACUAUGGCUGCUACAGUGAACUUGGAGCUGGAUCCCAUUUUUCUGAAAGCCCUGGGCUUUUUGCACUCAAAGAGUAAGGAUUCUGCUGAAAAGCUGAAAGCACUUCUUGACGAGUCGUUGGCCAGAGGAACUGACUCAAGCUACCGUCCCUCUCAGAAGGAAGUAGAGCAACCAAAAGUAUCUGUCACCAAACCCAUUAAGCAAGAGCCUAAAGCUUCAUCCAGUUUGCCUUCUGGCAACAACAAUGGCAAGCCCACUGCAUCAGAAAAGGUGAAAAAAGAAACAGAAAAGAGAUCUGCAGAUAAAACAAAAGGGGAUCUUGCUGAAGGAGCUGAUGCACCAAAGAAGCCCAGAGUAGAGAAACAAGAGGCUCGUUCUUCUCCUAUUACAGUUCAGACGAGCAAAGAUUUAUCCAUGCCUGAUUUGUCUAGCUUUGAGGAAACCAGUGCUGAUGACUUUGCCAUGGAAAUGGGAUUAGCCUGUGUUGUUUGCAGGCAAAUGACAGUUACUUUUGUGAAUCAGCUAGUGGAGUGUCAGGAGUGCCAUAAUCUCUACCACCAGGAUUGCCAUAAACCUCAGGUGACAGACAAGGAAGUGAAUGAUCCUCGACUUGUCUGGUAUUGUGCCCGCUGUACCAGGCAGAUGAAGAAAAUGGCUCAGAAGACACAAAAACCACCUCAAAAACCAGCUCCUGCAGUGGUUUCAGUUGCACCAGCUUUGAAGGAUCCAUUGGUCAAGAAACCAGAAAUCAAGUUAAAACCUGAGACCCCACCAGCUUUUCUGGCAUUCAAAAGAACAGAAGUCAAGACCUCAGCGGCAGUUUCGGGGAACUCUGCCAGUACAAGCGUUUCCUCUUCAGCAACGAGUGGCCUUACAGGAUGGGCUGCUUUUGCAGCCAAAACCUCCUCUGCCAACCCAUCAACUGCCAAACUGGGAUCGACAGCACAGAGUGCCAGCGGGAAACCUGCAGCUUCUUCAAAUAACCAGAAAGCCGUGGGUUUGUCAGGGCUGGCAACUUCAAAAACAGGACUGGGAGCCAAAAUAGCUUCUGCCAACAACAGCACAAACCCCGUUCAGCUGAAGCCUCCCCCGCCGCUGACCCUGGGGAAGACGACGCUGAGCCGCUCGGUGAGCAGCGACAACGUGAGCAAGGCCGGGCUGCCCAGCCCCGGCAGCGCCGCCCCCGGCAGCAGCGGCCAGGCCAGCGGCGGCAACGGCAGCGGCGGCUCCGCGGGGAACAGCGCGGGUGGCACCGGCAAAGGCGCGGCUGACACCGGCAACCAGCCGGCAUCCCUGAAGGGCCCGACCUCGCAGGAAUCCCAGCUCAACGCCAUGAAAAGGCUACAAAUGGUCAAGAAGAAAGCUGCUCAGAAGAAGCUCAAGAAGUAGUCUGGCUGCUUGCUGAUGUUUGUCGGUUGCGUUUCUGUGAGACAGUGCCGUCAGUGUUUUUCUUUAAAUCCCCCAGGUGCUGGAGUGAAAGAGGUUAAAUCAGGGAAGCCCAAACACCAUGCUAUACAAAAGGUCAGACUUUAAUAAUUGUAAUACUCCUUCUGCCUUUGCAAGUCUGGGAAUUGAACACAUUAGAGGAAUUCAUUAUUAUGUGCUCCUGGUUUUGUACCUCAAAGCACUGAAACUUGAAAUUUUAAAAGUUGGGUAUUUUUUAAUAUUAAAACCCCCACAUUUGUGUAGAUACUUAAUAAACUGAACUUGCUGAAACCAUCGUUCUUAAAUGUUAAUAAUAAAAGGAUUAUUAAUCGGGGAA